GAAAGUUCAAGGUGUACUGGCAGCCAGAGUUUGCUCCACCCUUUCCACUGGUCACUGGGCUUGACAAUUGUAUCCAGGACCUGCAGAAUCAUCUCCAAAAGGUGCUAGCGACUGCAAAGCAAAUUCAGACUCGGAUCUAAACUCCCAGCAUGAAACACUUCGCUAGAGCAUUUUGUACUACCACCACCACCCUCAUCUUGCUUUUGACCAUUCUCUGGAGUUCUUAUUCAGCAGAGGCUAAAGGAAGCUCCAAUGGCUCCCUGGUGGACUACAUAGGAAGCAGGAUCCCAGCACAAUGUCCUCAUAUGGACUUCUGCCCACAGGCGGCCAAGUGCUGCCAGCUUGGGGUAGACGAGUACGGCUGGAUCGCAGCUGCUGUUGGCUGGAGUCUCUGGUUUCUGACUCUCAUCUUGCUCUGCGUGGAUAAGCUCAUGAAGCUCAGGCCUGAUGAACCCAAGUAUUUGCAAGCAUGAGCCCCAGCAAGCUAGCUGAUCUCCUUGCCCAGCAGUGUCAGACUGGGAGGAGCAGUUGGACUGUGAAUUUAAGCAAUUGUUGAAGGAGGAAAAGGGUGGCCAGGUACCUUAUGCUUAAUAUGAGCUAGCUCCAAGAGGCUUGGCAGCAUCUUCCCCAGCAGGUUUUAUAAGCAGAUCUUCUUGAAGCAACCAAAUACUGGAGUGGAUUUCAGUCCCUUGGAGUGAUUUGUAAUACGCCCUGACUUGCAGAAUGCUACUUCAUCCCUAUACCCGCCCUCCCCCCCCAGCUCUGCUGAGCUUCCCAGCUGCAGUUAUAAACUAAGAUACCCAUCACCAACCCACCUACGGCUGAGAAAAGGCAGCUCAGGACAUGGCCGCUGCUGUUCAUACAGAAAGCAGGCAAGUGAGGCUAAUUUAUGAAGAAUUCACCUUUAGCAGUUCUAUAGCUAAGCAUGUCAUCUGAGCUUCAUUAUAUAUAAACCCUGGCUCAGAUCCUCAGUUGGUGUUAACUGAUGCGGCACCAUUGGUUCCCUGGAGUGAUUACCCUAUGCAAUUUGCACUGAGUAAAUAAACCUGCAUUUGAAAACCUA